AUGUCAUCCAUCGGAGAACGGGGUGUUGAAGAGCAGGACGCUGAAGAGCCAGAUUUCCAAAAGCUUCACGACCAAGAGCAGGACGCCCAAGAACCGGACACCCAAGGGCAGGACACCCAAGGGCAGGACGCCCAAGAUCCGGACACCCAAGGCCAGCACACUCAAGGGCAAAACACCCAAGAGCGGGACGACCAAGAGCGGGACGACCAAGAGCGGUCCGCUGAAAAAGGGCCGUGUCGGGAUUCUCAAGAGCUACGCGCCCAGGAGCCAGAUGCCCAAGCCAAGGAACCGUCAUGCUGGGGUUGUGAAUUCCGGGAUGCCCGAGAACGGCUCGCCCGAGAAGAGCUCGCCCGACAGCGGAAUGCCCAAGAGCAGUCCGGCAGAGCAUGGCUCGCAUCAGUGCAGGAUACGCAAGCUGGGCGACAGGCAUUCCGGGAAUCCCAGGAGCGGCUGACACAAGCGCAGGCCGAAGGAAUGCGGCUCACCCAAGGUUUGCAUGGGCAUGCUCUUGGGCAGGACGCCCAAGAGCCGGACACCCAAGGGCAGGACACUCAAGGACAAAACACCCAAGAGCGGGACGACCAAGAGCGGGACGACCAAGAGCGGUCCGCUGAAAAAGGGCCGUGUGGGGAUUCUCAAGAGCUACGCGCCCAGGAGCCAGAUGCCCAAGCCAAGGAAACGGCAUGCUGGGGUUGUGAAUUCCGGGAUGCCCGAGAACGGCUCGCCCGAGAAGAGCUCGCCCGACAGCGGUAUGCCCAAGAGCAGUCCGACAGAGCAUGGCUCGCAUCAGUGCAGGAUACGCAAGCUGGCCGACAGGCAUUCCGGGAAUACCAGGAGCGGCUGACACAAGCGCAGGCCGAAGGAAAGCGGCUCACCCAAGGUUUGCAUGGGCAUGCUCUUGGGCAGGACGCCCAAGACCGGCAAGCUACACAGGAGCAGAGGGAUGCCCAAGGCGAAAAACAGCCAGAAAAGGUUCCACAGGAGUGGUCGUUCCCUGGAGAGCUUCUCGCUUACAUGACACUGUACAUGUAG